AUGGCAGUGGAAGUCAUUUUCCUCGCCCGAAAUGAGCUUCUCCACGUAUGGGUCACAACGUGUUCCCAAAGUGUCGUGAAUCCGUCCACCCCACUCUGUGUGUCUUCCGCCCAAAGUAUCGGCGGUGAUGGUGACCAAGGGACGCAAGAAGGGCAAGAUAGACCACAAGCGGUCAAACUUGGACACGUGAGCAGAGUGCAAUUGACGGGUUCUAGCAGCCCAGAACCGUUCUCUUGGGUUGUGGAGAUUCCAGAUGUUCAAGUCACAAACCUGAGGUCCCUCGGGGGUGGUCAAGCGGAUAAGCGAUUUUGCCGGAACCUUGACCGCAUAACCGCUUCUAGGCUUGCACAAGUGAGACUCCACCAAAGUUUUAGGAGCAUUGGCGAUUUUGGUGUAGAGAUCCUGGUCAGCAUAGAUCUUGGACCCUUUUUGAGGGAAGUACGCUGGACCCGGUUUCUUGGUGUUGUACGAAGUCUUUGUAGGAACCUGACUGCUGUGAGCAAGAUCUGCCAUUAUUGUUAA